AGAUGGUUUCACUUUCAGCAAAACUUCAUCACACCGAAACUUCCACAUUUUAACAUCUGUGCUGCUGUUUAAAGGCAUCCGACAAACCUUCCUUCAGAUGCCUUGAGCAUAAGGUCUGUGAUUGGCCAUCUGGACAUUUCUGCAACAUCAGUCAACAGCCCUGGAUGGAACCUCAAGAGGCAUAGGCAGACAUUCUACAGUCUGGACUACACAGAUCUGUCACUAGUUGAAUAGAGGAAUUUAUUUUUACAACACACACAUGUUUAUUAUACUUAACCUCAGGACUCUUGAAUAACCAUGUCAAACACCAUGGCGAAAGAAACAAAAUUGGAGGAAUCUGUGGUCCGGAUUGUUCUGCUGGGUAAAACUGGCUCAGGUAAGAGUGCAACUGGAAACACCAUCCUGGGCAGAGAGGCUUUCUCAGUGGAGUGCUCUCCUGAGUCAUGCACUAAAACAAGUCAGAAAGAAAAUGCAGUAGUCAAUGAAAGAGCCGUCUCAGUCAUUGACACUCCAGGACUUUGUGACACAUCAAUGUCUCCUGAAUCAGUAAAAGCUGAAGUGGAAAAGUGUAUUUACAGGUCAGUUCCUGGUCCUCAUGUGUUCCUGCUGGUGAUCAGACUCGGAGUAAAAUUCACAGAAGAAGAGAGUAACACUGUGAAGUGGAUUCAGGAGAACUUUGGAGAAGAUGCAUCAAUGUACACAAUCAUAUUGUUCACUUUUAAAGAUCAUGUGAAAGGAAAGACUGUAAAACAAUACAUUAAUGACAGUAAAUAUCUCAGAAAACUACUAAAUAGUUGUGGAAACAGGUACCACUUUCUUAACAAUGAGGACAGAGAGAACCACACUCAGGUUGAUGAUCUGCUGAAAAAGAUAGUGGACAUGGUAGAGGUGAACCAGGGAAAGUACUACACUAAUGAGAUGUAUAAGGAGGCUCAGAGAAAGAUCUCUGAAAAUCGGAUACAGAUAAUUAAAUCACUAGUGAUGAAUUUUAAAAUGGUAGUAAGAUUUCUGAAAGCACUGAUGAAAUGCACGCAAUGCUUUUUGCAAAUUCUCAUAUGUGGUUUGCAGUUUUUCCUACAGAGAAGAAAUGCAUUGUGUUGGAAGUAAGAAAAAUCACCAGAUUAUGAAGGAUUUUGGCCCUCCAGGACUGGAUUUUCCCCUUAACCUACAGUGAAAAGUGCAGUGCUCUUCAGUUAUAGACCUACAGUAUCUCACAAAAGUGAGUACACCCCUCACAUUUCUGCAAAUAUUUAUAACUUUUCAU